AACCAGGAGUGCCAUAUUACUCUCAUGUACCCACUCCCAGUACUACGCAGUUGCACCCAUCAGUACAGCAGUUUCAGCAGCAAACUUCGUCAACGGGCUAUCAGCAACAGCCGUACCAACMCCCAUCAAUACCGAACCACCAAAUUUCCCAAUCCUUGCCCUCUCAAUACCAUCAAAAUCAUCCAAGCGGAUAUCCUAUGACUACUCCGCCUUAUCCCAAUGCAAUGCAUGCCCAGUUUUCGUACUCACAACCUCCACCUCCGCCUGUACAAAGCAAUCCGCCAACGGAACAGGCUAAGCAAAAGGAGCAACCAUCGCGUGAACAUCACGAGCAGCAAAAACCACCUCAGCCCCGUUCGGGCUCUUAUCCCUCGACAGAUCGCUUUCGCAAUGGUGGAAAGGAUUCUGUAGAAGGAAAUUCUACAACUGGCAUUUCUGGAGGCGCGAACACGUCUCAUUCAUCAUUAUCUACCGCCACUAACAACAGUACAAAAAGCAAUCCGCCGAGGUUGCCACCUACUACUGGAAGUCGACGUAGUACUACUAGUGUUAACAGUGGAUUCAGCACUAGUACUGGAAGCAUCCCACCACCACCACCACCACCACUAACGCAUGGGAUCAACUCUUCGGGAGGGUCUUCGUCGUAUCAUUCACGGGCUGAUUCAUACGGGAGUCUGUCGUCCGUUGGAAGUCACGGGAUAGGAGCGACCGGUCACAACAAGGUCGAAAAUAACGAUGCUUUACAAUAUCCGUCAAAGCCAAGCAAGCUGUCGGCCAACGCCGAUGACAAAAAUGACUCAAAUUUGACUGCRCCAAUGACACCAACACAAACCCAUCCUACCAUUGAUACCGGGUUGACGGUUACCACACCAGAGACACCUCGAGACGCGAUUCAUGCAAGGAAGAAUUCUUUUUUAGAUAUGCUCCGUAUGAACUGGUCUCCGCAGUCGCGUGAUUCUCCGUCUAGAAAGCAACCCAAUAUCAAUGAAUUUCAUAGAAAGAACCAAGCGUUUUUGAAUCGUCCAAACUCUCUCCCACCCUUCAUGAAAGCACCCACACCGGUGCAACACCGACGAAUUGGAUCACUUGAUCGCCCACCAGCAAGUCGAGGUACUCAUCGACGAUUACAAUCAAUCUCGAACGAUGAAUGGGACGACAGCGACGGUGCUGAUGRAGGUGACCACGCCAAAAACAGAGAAGGCAAUAAGAAGGAUUUUGUUGCCAAAAGAAGCUUGGAGAAAAAGAAAUCGACACAGAAAAAUCAAUCGCCAACGAAGUUGAACGUUGCGAGGACCCCAGACAGUGAYGAAAUGAGUGAUUCUGGAACGCUUACAGACGAAGACCGCAUCACUACAGACGAAGAUGGCUAUGACGACUACAAAAAUGUUAACGAAACGUCAGCUCUUUUACCUUCUAGUCGUAAGAGUGGGAACGACCACGAARGAAAGAAUUCAAAAUUUGAGCGUAGAAAUCGUCGAGGCCGACAACACUACGAUGCAACGUCUAAUACACGGAAAAAUGAUCACAAAAAGGUUCACACGGGUGAUUCGAAUCAGAUUUCGAGCGGCACGAGCAUUAGUGAUAGCAGUUCCAAUAUCUCAAGGUUUUCAGAYAUGUCAACUUURCGUUGGGAUAAUCGAGCAACGAGUGCAUCCAGGAAGUCACGAAAAAAGAAAAAUCGCCAUAAGAAUUCAAAACAAUCUUCGACCAGCGAUGGCUCGUCUGCGAGCAGUCAAGAUUCAUCAGAUUCGGCUUUUGACCAUCGUAAAUGGACGAAAAAAAGAGCCAUCAUGUUAGAGAAAGAGCGAGCUAGACUCAUCGAACAAUGGAAAGCAGAGGCUAGGGAAGAAGCCGAACUCCUAAGAAAAGAAGAAGAAGCAAAUAUGUGGCAUCGCCGGAUGUGGAGAACGACUUCCGAGAAGCUACGUAACUUUGGCGUUACAACCUUUCGUUGCUUAACCUUGGUGGAAAAUUUUAUUGGUAACCUUCCGUUAACAAUCGGAGCUGUUGCGUUAGCUAUUGUAACGCUAGGUGUCGUUUGGUUCAAAUUUGCUGAGGAAUAUUUGGACACAUGUGAACCUGUUCAUUUCCAUUCAUCUCAAUGUAUCUUUCCCGAGUUUCCUGGGUGCUUCUACUGCGAUACGAGUGCUUUGGGAUAUAAGAUCGCACUUGGUUUUCACUACCUCUGCACUAUAAUGUCCGGUAUGCUAGCRAUGCUUGUCGUCGCGAAAGUUUUGUUGGCAACAAGGGUUGUYGUUGACGAAAUGUCGAGUCCAACCACGUCGAGUCCUGCUGGCCUCUUAUGCAUGACAUCAGUUUGUGUCUUCGCUGGUCGAGGCAUGGUUGGGCAAAUGAUAGUUUCUGCCGCUGCUUGCUUUCAUUUAGUACUGACGAUCUGGUUCAUAUACAUGGCACUGGCGUACAAUAUCAUGCCUGAGCCUUCGUGGUUUCCAAACACCGUUGGGAUAGGGCUUAGCGCUGUGAAGGUGGGUUGUUUCCUUUUUCUUCUUUUCUUUCCAUUGCAUCUUUUCACUCGAAGUGUUCCACUUGAUUUUUUUCUUCGGCCGUACUCAACAUCGUUUAUCUUCGUUUCUUACUUUGCCACCAAUUAUACAAAUCUUUCUGAAAGACUUGGUUAUACUAUCCAAUGUGAGUUCACUGGUUUGCAACUCCGUCGAAGAACUAUGAACGCGUAGCUCCAUUCURACCCAUUUCUCAAUAUUUCUCUCGUUCUAAACUGAAAAGGCCGGGUCAUUUGCUGAUGGCAAUAUCACUCUCUCUGAAUUUUUUCUUUUUCCCAAUAAGUCUGAUCCGUGUUGUAGUCAACAAGAAGAUUUCAGCUACAGUGGCAUGGAUGCAAAUGAGUGCCCCUGCUGUCAGUUUGUAUGCCUUGACGAUCAUGGCACAACCAAGUUUUGAAGAAGAGCAACCCGAUGUGACUUCGUUUCAGCGUGUCCACCGCAUGGUGUAUCUCCCAUGCAUGCAUGUUAUGUGUGCUCUUUCGCUGCUUGGGAUGGCGGCAAGUAUUCAUAGUCUCUACGAUCGAUGGGCGGAUUUCAAACGCAAAGAGUUUUCUCCUGCCCAUGCCGCGUUCUGCUUUCCAACUUUAAGUCACGCAAACGCUAUCCAGGUACGGUUUAACGAUGUGCUCAAGUUGUGUCUCUUUUUAUUGUUUUGUUCAAGUAGGUACUUACGCGAAYUGUUUUUUGUUCUUCUUCGUACUCGUUUUGGAAAGGCAUAUCGCGGGGCGAUAAUGAGUUUCUCACAGGUUCCUCCGCGCUCAUGGAGAAUGUUUGUACUUGAUACAUACUGGUUCAUAGUAUUAAUAGGAGGUACCAUCGCAACAAUCUGGAUUUGUGGGAAGUUUCUAUACAAACUG